ACGUCCCUCCACCGCAUGUUCGCCGAGUGGUCUGUAUAAGUGGAGGACCUCCACACAAUGCGCCCAAGUCCUACGUUGAUCUCCUUCAAAAUGGCCUCUACCUUUUCGUUCCCAGUCAUGAUGAUUAACCACGAAACCCCAGAUUUUGAUAAUCUUCUGGACAUGCCUCCUCCGGAAAAACAGCCCCAGUCGCGCGAUAAGCGGCAAAUAGGAACAAUAAAGAACGACAUUGGACGCACUGGCAAGCUCGCUCCGCGUAUUGAACAAUGCCACAGAGAAAUGAAGAAAGUUACGGGAAUGAUAUCAGACCGCCUGAAGGAGGCAAAUACCAAGGCGGCGGACGACCAGCGUCGUAUCGAAGAGCUGCAAUCGCUUCUCGCAGAAGCUAGAGGUGCUGCGGAACUGUCAAACAGUAGGGCGGGUGCUCAGGAAGACGAGAUCAGGGACCUGCGGCGUCAGCUAGAAGACCUUCAGCGAGAGCGCGCCCAGGAUUCUGUGACUCAGUUCCACCUCGCCCGAGUUGAACAACAGGCAGAUGGUUUAAGGGAGGAGAAAGAGAAGCAGGCUAGGGAGCUAGAAGCACUGCGAGCUGCGUUGGAGGAUUCUCGGAAGAAAGAAGUCAGCCGGUCCAGGCAGAUUGAAGACGCGCAAAAAUUGCACCGCAGGGCGACCCAUGACCGCACUCAGGUGCUGGAAAUUCUUGAAGCCAGACUCGAUGAGGCGAGAAGGGAGGUGCUGGAUAUCAGGAAGCAGAUGGAGGAGCUGUUGCUGGAGACGGAGAGCAGGAUUAGCGAGGCAGAGAACAGAGGUCGGCAACUACAGCUCAGAGAUCUUCGAGCUCUGUCGCCCAAGGCCAUGUGGGCGUUUCUUGGAUUCCAGCAGCCGCGCAUGUGGUGGAUGGGAUCAAAUUAAGCUGCCAGGCACUGUCGAUCGCGAAAGUUAUUUAUAUACGUUACGGUGGUAGUACAAUUCUCAUUACUUGUCUGUACUUGUUUCACUUUUUCCCGGAAUAUCUGGUAUGCUCGUCAUCGUCGGUUA